AUGUUCCCGACCUUCACGGGAAGCUCGCGAAAAGGCCGAAACGUUAAUCUCAGCGGCCAGAGAGCGAUAAACCCCUUCACCAGCACCUCUUGGGCACCCAGCACUGCUGCUGGAGCCUCCAAGACAGUGGCGCAUGCCCAGGCCGAGCGCUUACAAAGGCAGCAAGAAAGGGAGCGCCUGAAGGCUGCGCAGCGAAUCCAACGGACAUGGAGAGCCUAUCGGUCACGGCGAAUUCUGAGGGCCGAGCGUCGGCAAGCGGUUGAUCUGAUGUACGCGCACCGUCCGGAAGUGCCCGUCGACGUGGAACGGAGGACCAUCGAAGCGAUUCCCCUGGUUCUCAGUUUCUACCAAGUCUCCCACGCUGAAGACCACCAGCGUUUGUGCCUGGUGGCUCGCGACCUGCUCCAAACUAAGUUUUCCUGUUUUGCAUCGGGGGCCGUGGAACUGCCUCGACUUGGGAAGCUCGCCCGGAUAGUGGUUGCUUCGCUGGAGAGUCUUGACCCCAACCAGGCGCCCAACCAAGCUCAGGUUCUAUUGGAAAUCAUUAUCGAAAUCAUCAGAGCCCGACCAGGGUCAGUCCAGGCUGUGCUGGGCAGAUUCUACUGGUUAUUGGGGAGAUACUGCCACAGCUCUGGGUCCGCCUCGCCAUUACUCAACCUCAUCAGGAUUGCCGUGGGGACACCACUGUCCGCAGCCAAUGCACCUGAGUCGUUCACGCAAACUGCAUAUCAUGAGUUUGCCGUGUCUUUCCUGACACAGGCCGACCUGUUUCUAUUCGAGGCCAACAUUACAUCUUUCGCUGCUGACAUCGACGUGGAUUGCCUUUCGGACUCGCUCUCUGCCGAGCUAAUCGCAGAUUCGAAAUGGUCCGGAUCGCAGACGGGCCUUAUGUGGCUGCUUGCGCAUUUUAUUGUCUUGCAGAAGACAAGGAAACAGCUGGUACUACAUUCACGCUCCCUCCGAGUCUUGUACUCCCUGCUCGCUGCGCUUUCCACCGAGAUCCGCGUUGGCUUUUCGGUCUCAGAACUGAAAGCCUCGGUUGAGGCCCGAGAUAUCGAGGAGGGCCCCCAGCCGAGCUUGCCUCCUUAUGUCUCGGAUAAGCUCGCAUCGCUGACUGACAGAGACGAGAUUUCCGGACUGCUUGAGAAAUUUACAUCGGACCACUGGGGCACAUCCGCUUCUGAGCUUGAGGAUGCCGGUUUUCUUGCUGGCUACAUUCUCACCUUAGUCUACUGCUUCCCAACGCUCAGUGAUGACAUUCGCAUGCGCCUAUACCUCGCAAACAUUCCCACUCGCCACGGCUCCCUUCCGGUGGUCAAGUUCUUCUGGAAUGCGCUCAGCAGGACCUCGAUAUUCUCCACCAUUUCUGCUGAUGCCGAUGCUGCGCUCACGGUGCUACGGCAACGGCCUGCAUCCGAGACGGACUCUCCGUGGCACCGCGAGUGGCGGACAAUUCUUCUCUUUCUCGAGCUUUACAUUUUCGUCCUUCGGCUGACUGACGAUGACGAUUUCUUCAGCGGUUUAAGCUUGUCCGCUAUCGUCGGUGGCUCGGGUUCACGGCUGCGUUCCAGCGCCCUCAAUCUCCAGGAACUGAAGCGUCUUACUAUUUUCCUCAAGCAUCUCGGUUUCACACUGUACUAUUCUGCCUCCGACUUGCUUGGUUCGGCGCCGAGCACCUCUAGCAACAACCCAACCAGCAAUGUUGCUCCAUUCGCGCUCACUGCAGGCGUCGAUUUUCAUGCUUUCAGGGACUUGGUCUCCACAGCGAUGAGAAUGCUCUACGAACGGGAUUCUCGGCGUCCGUUCCUGCCCCAGAGCCACUGGCUUAUGACGUCAAAGUUUGACAUGGAGGGCUUUCUCUCUGCUGUUGUUCUGGAAGAGCAGCGCCGUCGUGAGCAAGCUGAAGCUGGGGACGAAGACCAGGAGGAUGGCGUUGAGGAUGAAGAGCCGCUUAUCGGUCUCUCCUCGAGCGGUCUGAGACUCUCUCGGCAAGCGCAUAUGGAGAGGAUAAGGCUAGCACGAAAACGAGCCGCAAGGGACACUCUGAGGGCAGCCGCUGGCCCCAAACUGGAGAUCCUACGGAACAUGCCGUUUGUCAUACCGUUCGAUAUGCGCGUCCAGAUAUUCCGACAAUUUGUCUACCUCGACAAGAGCAGGAGACGCGGGGGCAACAUCGACCCGGACAGAUGGAGGCUAUGGGUGCUUAACCAGCACGGCGGGCCCUUCGAGCCAACAGUAGCCGGCACAAACAUUCUGGGCCGGCACCAGGCGCAGAUCCAGCGAGGAAAGGUAUUCAAUGAUGCUAUGGGAUCAUUUUGGGACUUGGGCGAAGGGCUAAAGGAGCCGAUUCAAAUCACGUUUGUGGAUGAAUUUGGUAUCCCGGAAGCCGGCAUCGACGGCGGCGGUGUAACCAAGGAGUUCCUCACAAGCGUGACGAGCGAAGCGUUUACGCCGGCCCAGAGGCUUUUUGUCGCCAACAGCAAAAACUCGUACUACCCGAACCCCUGCGACAUGGACCAGACUAAGUAUACGCUGAAGGAAGCCCAGAUCGCCGAGGGCUCUGAAGAGUGGGCCGAGGCCAUCGCCUAUCGCCUACGGCAGUACGAGUUUCUCGGCAGAGUCAUUGGGAAAUGCAUGUACGAGGGAAUCCUCAUCGAUAUCGCCUUUGCAGGUUUCUUCCUCCUGAAAUGGGCGUCCUCGGGCGGCUCAUCCGACACCUAUCGCGCCAACAUCAACGACCUCCGGGAACUCGACGAGGAGCUCUACCAGGGUAUGCUCCGCCUGAAAAACUACCCGGGCGAUGUCCUCGACCUCUCGCUCGACUUCACUAUCACGGACCAGGUCUCGCUCCCGGGCGAACCAGUCCGCACGAUUACCCGCAACCUAGUCCCCAACGGCGAGGACGUCCUCGUGACCAACGAAAACAGGCCCCUCUACAUCAGCUACGUGGCCCGCCACCGCCUGGUCGUGCAACCCUACGCGCAGACACGCGCUUUUCUCCGCGGCCUGGGCAUGAUCAUCGACCCGGCGUGGCUGAGCAUGUUCAACCAGAACGAGCUGCAGCGCCUGGUCGGCGGCGACAGCUCCGAGAUUGACGUCGAGGACCUGAGGAGGCAUACCCACUAUAGCGGUGUGUAUGCGAUUGGCGACGAUGGCGAGGAACACCCGACGGUCAAGCUGUUUUGGGAGGUGAUGCACGGCCUCGAAGACCCGGAGAGGAGGGAGGUGCUGAAGUAUGUGACAAGCACGCCCAGGGCGCCGUUGCUGGGCUUUAGUCAGUUGAGCCCGCCGUUUAGUAUUCGAGAUGGCGGGACGGAUCAGGAGAGGUUGCCCAGCGCCAGCACGUGCGUGAAUCUGCUGAAGCUGCCGCAGUAUCGGACUGCGGCGGUGCUUAAGAGGAAGCUAUUGUAUGCGGUCAAGAGCGGGGCCGGGUUUGAUCUCAGUUGA